UUCUCCGUAUGUACAAACGACACCUGCUGAAAUUUCCUUUUCAAUACAACUGUUAAAGAUACAGGAGCCCUGUCCUCCUUUGCAUAGGGUCACCCUAACUUCUGACACUCAGUCGAGUGAAGGACUUUGGUCUGUGGCUCCCAGAUGAAGAAACCUCCCCAAGUCUCUGCUUGCUCUUUGUGUCUUGACAUUCGCCAGCCUUUCCUUCUGGGACAAGAUCUGAUUGCUACAUGGGGCCCUCCACAUUUUGUCUCCCCCUGAAGGUAUAAUAACUCUUUGAUUGAACAGUGUCUUCAUUUUGCAGGUCUUUAGUAGCACUGCCUGUUACAACUGUCAUUCAGUGGAAAGAUUGGUAUCAGGAGUGACUCAUUGCGUUGGCCUUCUGGGAGAAUUCCUUUGAGAAACAGAUCAAAGAUGGCGGAUCAAUACUCAGCUGGCUCUGAAGCAGGAAGAGGCCCUGAUGCCGUGAAGAUCGAGAGCACUGGGGAAUUCUUGGAAACAGCAGUGCAGAAGGACCUGGAUGAAGACAAGGCUAACUCUGACGUGCAGCGCCAGCGUUUCAAGCAGCUUCGCUACCAGGCAUCUGAGGGGCCCCGAGAGAUCUGCAGCCAACUCCACUUUCUUUCCCGGCAGUGGCUGAAGCCAGAGCAACACACAAAUAACAAAAUCGUGGACCUGGUAGUCCUGGAGCAGUUCCUGACCAUCAUGCCGGCGGACAUGGCGAGCUGGGUGAGAGAAUGCGGAGCGGAGACCAGUUGCCAGGCGGUGGCCCUGGCAGAAGGCUUCCUCCUGAGCCAGGCAGAGGACCAGAGGCAGCAAGAGCAGCAGCAGCAGCAGGCACAGAGUCUGUUUGCAGACGUGGGACCUGAUUUCCCUGCAACAGUGAAAGCUCCACCUGAGACCUGGGAGAGCCCCCCACGGAGGGGAAUCCGGCAGGAGGGUGACCAAGGUGCCUCUUUGCAGGGGGAGAGAAUGUUGCCAGCAAUGGGUCCUCAGCCACCCCGUCGCCUUUGUGAUGGAGUGGAGCCGGAUCAGGCCUUUGAGGAGGUUGCUGUGUGCUUCACGGAGGAGGAGUGGGCGCUGCUGGAUCCUGACCAGAGAGCUCUGCACAGGCAAAUCACAGAGGACGUCUGUGGGAUCAUGGCCUCUCUCCAAGGUGACUGUUGGGUAGCAGAGAAUGAGAGAGGACCAUGCGGGAUGCUAUCGAAGGAAGAAAGACACACAAACAGCAAACAGAGGAGAUGGGGAAAUGGAGCCAAUUGGAAAAUGAGGAAUAAUUCCUUUCUUUAUCAGGCCAAUGGCAACGCCGAUGUCGCAAUUCAACAACAAAUACAUAAAAGUCAGGAAAAGAACAGGUUCCAAAUUAGAAGGAAAACCCUGAAUACUGAAUCAAGUGUGAAAGCUUACUGCAAAAUUCCCACAUUGAAGAAAGCAUAUAAAUGCAAGGACUGUGUAAAGAGCUUCACUGAGAGGAGAAAUCUCAUUUCUCAUCAAAGAAUUCACACAGGGGAGAAACCAUAUCAUUGUUUGGAGUGUGGAAAGAGGUUCAGUCAAAAAUCACUCCUUAUGUAUCAUCAAAGAAUUCACACAGGGGAAAAACCAUAUAAAUGCUUGGAGUGUGAGAAGAGCUUCCGUUUGAACACACUUCUUUCCUCUCAUCAAAAAACCCACACAGGAGAAAAACCAUAUCAUUGUUUGGAGUGUGGAAAGAACUUCAUUGUGAAGAGUCAUCUCACUUCUCAUCAAAGAACUCACACAGGGGAGAAACCGUAUCAUUGUUUGGAGUGUGGAAAGAGGUUCAGUCGAAAAUCACUUCUUAUUUAUCAUCAGAGAAUUCACACAGGGGAAAAACCAUAUAAAUGCUUGGAGUGUGAGAAGAGCUGCAGUCAAAAAAGUAACCUAAUUCGUCAUCAAAGAAUUCACACAGGGGAGAAACCAUAUAUAUGCUUGCAGUGUGAAAAGAGCUUCCGUUCGAAGGCACACCUCUCCUCUCAUCAAAAAACCCACGCAAGAGAAAAACCAUAUCAUGGUUUGGAGUGUGGAGAGAACUUCAUUGUGAAGAAUCAUCUCACUUCUCAUCAAAGAACUCACACAGGGGAGAAACCGUAUCAUUGUUUGGAGUGUGGAAAGAGGUUCAGUCGAAAAACACUCCUUAUUUAUCAUCAAAGAAUUCACACAGGGGAAAAACCAUAUAAAUGCUUGGAGUGUGAGAAGAGCUUCCGUUUGAAGACACUUCUUUCCUCUCAUCAAAAAACCCACACAGGAGAAAAACCAUAUCAUUGUUUCGAGUGUGGAAAGGACUUCAUUUCAAAGAGUUGUUUAACACGACAUCAAAGAACUCACACAGGGGAGAAACUAUAUCAUUGUUUGGAGUGUGGAAAGAACUUCAUUGUGAGGAGUCAUCUCACUUCUCAUCAAAGAACUCACACAGGGGAGAAACCGUAUCAUUGUUUGGAGUGUGGAAAGAGGUUCAGUCGAAAAACACUCCUUAUUUAUCAUCAAAGAAUUCACACAGGGGAAAAACCAUAUAAAUGCUUGGAGUGUGAGAAGAGCUUCCGUUUGAAGACACUUCUUUCCUCUCCUCAAAAAACCCACACAGGAGAAAAACCAUAUCAUUGUUUCGAGUGUGGAAAGGACUUCAUUUCAAAGAGUUGUUUGACACGACAUCAAAGAACUCACACAGGGGAGAAACUAUAUCAUUGUUUGGAGUGUGGAAAGAGCUACAGUCACAAAAGCAACCUAAUUAGUCAUCAAAGAAUUCACACAGGGGAGAAACCAUAUAUAUGCUUGCAGUGUGAAAAGAGCUUCCGUUCGAAGGCACAACUCUCCUCUCAUCAAAAAACCCACGCAAGAGAAAAACCAUAUCAUUGUUUGGAGUGUGGAAAGAGUUUCAGUCAAAAAACACCCUUUGUUUCUCAUCAAAGAAUUCACACUGGGGAGAAACCGUAUCAUUGUUUGGAGUGUGGAAAGAACUUCCAUUGGAGCACACAACUCUCCUCUCAUCGAAAUACUCACACAGGAAAAACCGUAUAAUUAAUUGGAGUGUGGAAAGAGCUUCAGUGAAAAGUCAAAUCUCACUCGACAUCAAAGAACACACACGGGAGAAACCACAUCAUUGUUUGGAGUGUGGAAAGCGCUUCAUUGUGAAGAAUUAUCUUACUGCUCAUCAAAGAAUUCACAUGGGAGAAACCAUAUAAAUGCUUGGUGUGUGGAAAGAGCUUCAGUCUUCAGUCUAGUUAAUUCCUCUACUGAGGGCAUGACAAAAGCAAAUCAACGUCUGGAGUGUGAAAAGAGCUUUGGUCAGGACAAGUCUGAGUUCUCAUGAAAGAACUCACUGGGUAGAAACCGUAUCAUUGUUUGGAAGGUGGAAAGAGCUUUUCUCAGAAGAGGUAUCUCAGUCAGCAUGAAAGAAUUCACUCUCGGGAGAAACCCAUCUAAAUGCUUGGAAGAUUGAAAGCGCUUCAGUAGGAACAAACACUUUGGUUCUCAUCAAAGGAAUCACACAGGGAACAAGUUUUAUAACGCUUUGGAGUAUGGGGGAAACGUUACAUCUCAUCUUCUCAUCGAAUAACUUACACUGGGGGAGAACAUAGAAAUACUUGGUUGUUGGAAGAUAAGUCCUCAAGUGUAACUUUGGCUGUUGCUAAAUUUCCUACAGUGGCAGCCAAGAUUAGAGCUCUUUGUGUAUUAGACUAAAGUUGAUAAUAGCUCUAACUGUAUGAUUUCAUGUCUGAUUCUUGUGUUUGGUUGUUUGUUUCUUUUCUUUUUAUGGAUCUAUAGAUCGCAAUAAAGAAAGUUUAAGAAAUA